AUGUUUCCACGCGUCGCCGAUGACGUUUGCCGCAGCCAGGUGGCCAUGAGCAAAUUCGACACAGCUCCCAUGCCCUACGACAAAUUGCAACAAAAUUUGGCUGUUGUCAAGAAGAGUUUGUCUAAGGUUGGAGGAGAAAAGGAUUUGCAAACUGCCAAGAGCACAAACAAAGAGGUCUACGAGUUUCUGCAAUCAGCUGGUGCUAAGUACGGCGUUGGAUUGCAUCCUGGAUCUGGUAUCAUCCAUCAGAUCAUCCUGGAGAACUACGCGUUCCCAGGUCUGCUGAUGAUCGGCACUGCGCACACACCGAACGGCGGCGGUCUGGGCGGUCUGUGCAUCGGAGUGGGCGGUGCAGAUGCGGUCGAUGUGAUGGCCGAUCCCUGGGAGCUCAAGUGCCCCAAGGUCAUCGGCGUGCACCUCAAGGGCAAGAUGACCGGCUGGACCUCGCCCAAGGACGUCAUUCUCAAGGUCGCCGACAUACUCACCGUCAAGGGUGGUACCGGCGCCAUUAUCGAGUAUCACGGACCGGGAGUCGACAAUAUUUCGUGUACAGGUAUGGGCACGAUCUGCAACAUGGGUGCGGAGAUUGGUGCGACGACAUCGGUGUUUCCUUUCAACAAGCGCAUGUACGACUACCUGAAGGCGACCGGGCGCACUGACAUUGGUGCCGCCGCUGAGCAGAACAAGAACCUACUCACCCCAGACGAUGGCGCAAAAUAUUUUCAGCUGAUCGAAAUCGACCUGUCGACAUUGGAGCCUCACGUGAACGGCCCCUUCACCCCCGACUUGGCCCACCCCAUCUCCAAGCUGGGUGCCAAUGCCAAGAAAGCCGGCUGGCCUCUCGACAUCAGAGUCAGCUUGAUUGGAAGCUGCACUAACUCGAGUUACGAGGACAUGGCUCGCGUGGCGAGCAGCAAGGAGGCGAUGAAGCAUGGACUCAAGUCGAAGACCCCCUUCAAUGUGACACCCGGCUCAGAACAGGUCCGCGCCACCAUCGAACGAGACGGAAUUGCGGAAACACUGAGACAGUUUGGUGGUACCGCUGCCAAAGCAUGUGGACCGUGUAUCGGACAGUGGGACCGCAAAGACGUGAAGAAGGGCGAGAAGAACACUAUUGUGAACUCGUACAACCGCAACUUCACGGGUCGUAACGACGCCAACCCCGCCACGCACGCCUUUGUCACGUCGCCCGAAAUGGUCACCGCACUCGCUAUCAGUGGCACGCUCGACUUCAACCCGCUCACUGACACGCUCAAGGGACAGGAUGGCAAAGAUUUCAAGCUGAGCGACCCAUUCGGACCCGAACUGCCCGUCAAGGGCUUCGACCCGGGCGUAGACACGUACCAGGCCCCGCCCAGGAGGGCCAAGCUCUCAAGGUCAACGUUGCCCAAGUCACAGCGGCUGCAGCUGCUGGAGCCAUUCGACAAAUGGGACGGAAACGACCUCGAAAACAUGACCAUCCUUAUCAAG